AUGGUAACAGGUGGAGUUCUGAUACCAAGAACAUUGUUGGGCAUAAUUGGCUUGAUUGCAUUGGUUACAUAUAAAUGGCAAAGGAAGCAUUUAUCUGCUGAUGAUAAAAUUGAAGAGUUUCUUCGAAGUCAGAAUAAUUUAAUGCCUAUAAGGUAUUCUUAUAAUGAGAUAAAAAGAAUUACUAAAGGUUUUAAAGAUAAAUUAGGUGAAGGAGGCUAUGGUUCAGUGUUCAAGGGAAAACUUCGAAGCAAUCAUCUUGUGGCAGUGAAACUAUUGGGCAAAGCUAAAACAAACGGUCAAGAUUUCAUUAGUGAAGUUGCUACGAUAGGGAGGAUUCAUCAUGUUAAUGUAGCGAAACUUGUUGGGUUUUGUGUAGAAGGAUCAAAACAAGCUUUUGUAUAUGACUUCAUGCCAAAUGGAUCUCUCGAUAAAAUUAUAUUCAGUGGAGAAGAUAAAAUUACAUUAAGUUGGCAGAAAACGUUUGAAAUUGCAAUUGGGGUAGCUCGAGGGAUUGAAUACUUGCAUCGAGGAUGUGAUACACAAAUUCUACAUUUCGAUAUCAAGCCGCACAACAUUCUUCUAGAUGAGAACUUUGUACCAAAAGUUUCAGAUUUUGGUCUUGCAAAAUUAUAUUCAGUAGAUGACAGCAUCGUAUCUCUCACAGCAGCACGAGGUACAUUAGGAUAUAUUGCUCCUGAGUUGGUUUACAAAAACAUCGGAGGCAUCUCGUAUAAAGCCGAUGUGUAUAGUUUUGGAAUGUUAUUAAUGGAAAUGAUAGGAAAGAGGAAGAAUUUAAACGAAUUCGUUGAACACUCGAGCCAAACAUACUUCCCCUCAUGGGUUUAUGAUCGAUUCAAUCAAGGAGAGGAUAUAGAGUUAGGAGAUGCUCCAUUGACAAGUACCGAAAAGACAAUUGUGACGAAGAUGAUAAUAGCAGCCUUUUGGUGUAUACAAAUGAAACCUACCGAUCGUCCUUCAAUGAGCAAAGUACUGGAAAUACUCGACACAGAUAUCAAAUUUCUUGAAAUGCCUCCAAAACCAUAUCAACUUCUUCUUGAAUCAUCAAGCAGUACUGAAGAUUAUUUUACUAAAUCCACCUUAGUUGAUUAUAAUUAG